AUGUCCAGUAAUAUAGAACCUCAGACAACAGCUAAAUGUAUACUGUAUACAACAAAGGGGAACAUUGCCAUUGAAUUAUGGGCUAAAGAAUGCCCUGAGACAUGUAAGAGGUUCUUAUCUAUGCUCUCAGAUGGCACAUUCACCAAUGGAGAAUUUAAAGAGUUAAAGCCAACACAGUGGCUAAUGUUUAAUGCAAAUAGUACUGGUGAGUACCGUACAGUUGCUGAGGAAAAAAAUCCUCGUAUACGCUUCAAUAGAGAUGGACUCUUGGGAUGGGAUAGACGAAGGAACACAUGGUUUAUAACUGUGCUGGCGGAUUCUAAGCACGUACUGAACGAUUGUAAUGUAUUUGGCAAAAUUGUUGGGAAAUCUAUUUACAUCUUUAGAGAGAUCUUGGGCGGCGAAAUUGAAGCUUCCUCCCGUGACAAUGAUGUCAAACGAUUCAUGUAUCCUGCAGUUUUGAAGGAUGUUGAGAUUACCAUACCAUUCUUUGAGGACAUCUUUGGAUCAAAAAGAAGACUGGAAGAUAAUGAAAAAAAAGAACAAGAGCCGGCAAAGAAACUUGUGAAAUCAGCAAAAGUAAAGAUGGUUUAUGAAGAUGAGCAAGAGGAUGAUGAUGGUGAUGUUCAAAAGCUUAAGCCAAGAAAGAGAAUGAUUCUCCCAGCAUGGAUCAAAGAUGAUAGUCGCAGUGAAGGAAUUAAACUAGACGCAUCCUUAGAUCAGCCACAAGAGGCACUAAUUAGGGAAAAGACGGAGUUGCAUGAUAAUGUUGAUGAGGCAACCACUAAAGAAACGGAAAGUCAAGAAAACAUCAAGGAAGAACCAAUGGAUAAAAGAGAGCGGGAAACUUUGGCAAUGUUGUCAAAAUUUCAAGAACGAAUAAAAAACAAGAAUAUUCUAAAGUGA